AUUCCCUGUCCACCUCCGGUGCAGUUAUCAGUGAGUGUUAUGCAUUUCUACGACAAGAUGUUCAACCAAGAGCAAAACAACAACGUCCCCGUUGUUCUCGACGUCAUUCCGCCGCACUACAACAUCCAUCAUGGGGCCACUCCGCCGCAGUCGCCCAACCAGCAGUACACGAAAGAUUGCUCAAGUCCUACUCCUUCCGACAAGUUGAACACUUCCACCACUUCCUCGGUUAAUGUCAACGAUCAGAAUAUCAGGAGGUAUAGGACGGCCUUCACCAGGGAGCAGCUGGCGAGGCUGGAGAAGGAGUUCUUCAAGGAGAAUUAUGUGUCCAGGCCCAGGAGGUGCGAGCUCGCCGCACAACUCAAUCUCCCAGAAAGCACCAUCAAGGUUUGGUUCCAAAACCGCCGCAUGAAAGACAAACGCCAAAGAAUGGCCAUUGCCUGGCCUUACGCCGCCGUCUACACAGACCCGGCUUUCGCCGCCUCCAUUUUCCACGCCGCCGCCACCAGCCUGCCCCUGCACUACCCGCCGCCGCCGCCGGUCUACACGCACCACUACGCCAGGUACCACCCCUACCCCAACUUUGGGGUGCCUCCAGCGGGGAUUCCCUUGCAAAAUCCGGGUUUGAAUUUAAAUCCGCCGGUUACACAAACCCAGUUACCGCUUAAUCUGGGCUUGGAUUUUCCGUAUCAAGGCAAGUUUGAGGUUCCGACCAAAUCGUCGCCGAGGAGUUCGCCGGUUCAGUCGGACGUUAGUCUAAGUCCGGUGCAUGAGCCGCUUUUGAUCACCACGGAGAAGUUGGCGGCGGAAGGGCAAACCAAACUGCCACAGCAGCCCAAGUUGUUCAAACCGUAUAAGUCGGAAGCGUAAAGUUUUGUGAAUUGUGUAAAUAUUUGUGCAUGGUUGCUUUGUAUUUUUACGUGUACUAUUUCUAGAUUAAGUGUUGUAUAUACAUUAGUUAAUUGUUACGAAGACUUUAUUGUUUGUGAACUGAAAUUUAUUUAUUUUAACAUUAAGGCAUUACUGAAAUAUAAGCGUUUUUUCGAUA